AUGUUAGGGUGUAAUCCGGCAGACACUCCUAUUCAAGCUAAUGGUCAUCUGAGUAGCAAGAAAGGUGAUCCGGUAGAUAAUGGAAAACAUCAAAGAUUAGUGGGACAGUUGAUCUAUCUCUCUCAUACAUGCCCUGAAACAACAUUUCCCGUCAGCCUGGUUAGUCAGUACAUGCAUGAUUUCUAUUUGACUCACAUGGAAGUUGUGAUGCGCAUUCUCCGGUCUACUACUGGUUAUUACACUUUUAUUGGUGGUAACUUUGUUAUAUGGCGUAGCGAGAAGCAAGCCGUGGUUACCCAUUCGAGUGCUGAAGCAAAGUUCCAUGCUAUGGCACAUGGCAUUUGUGAGCUCCUAUAG